AUGACGCGCACAGUGAGUACCCCAAAAACCUCCCUAAACCCUCCCCCCCCCCGCAAAACUGCUCCUAAAACACCCCCAGAAACCUCUCCCACAGCCCGGAGCCCCGCGGAGGAGGAGCCGGAGGAGCCGUGCCCACCCUGCCCCCCCUGCAGCCACGUGGCCGCUGUGCCGGUUCCCGGGGGGACUCCCUCGGUGUGGGGGACCCCCCGUGUGACCCCCCCGGUGCCGGGGGACCCCCCCGAGCCGCCCCCCGGAGCCUCCAUCCCGCUGUACUGUGCCCUCCUGGCCGCCGUCGUCGUGGGGCUCAUCGCCUACGUGGCCUUCAAGUGCUGGGACACCUGCAGGAAGAAGCGGCAGCUGGACAAGGCGCGGGACGCGGGCGAUGCGGGAAUGUCGCCGGAUGGGGAGAAGCUCCGGGGGGACAGCGGGGUCUUCCUGGACACCCCCGGCCCGCAGGAGCCCCCCCAGCACGCCCCCCCCGAGGGUCCCCCCUCGCUCCAGGUGCCCCCUCGGCGGCAGGAGGAGCGGGAGCGGCUGCUGGAGCUGGGCGGCUGCGGGGGCACCGCGGGGACAGCGGGCGAUGUCACCUCCGCCGUGUGACACCGCCGGGGC